AUGAUUCGCCGAUUCUGCCUGACCGUAUUCCUCGUCGCUCUGUUUGCCAUCGUUUGGGGACUUCCUCCGCCGCCUAAGUCUAGGAGGCCUGUCCCGGAGUUCAAGAACAAGACAAGCGGAUUGGAGCUGCCGGACAACGCGACGCUAAUCAGGGAGGACAUCGUGGACAACUUCUCCUGCCAGGACAGGAUUUACGGGUACUACGCGGACAUGGAGAACGACUGCCAAAUCUUCCACGUGUGCAUGCCGCAGGCUAGGGGCGCGAUGAGGUGGAGCUUCAUUUGUCCCGCGGAAACGGUGUUCAAUCAGGCCACCUUUGUCUGCACGCGAACGGAAAACUCGAUACCCUGCGAGGAAUCGGAGAACUUCUACAAUUUGAACGAGGCGAUUGGGAAAGAAGUGGAGGAAGAGGAAAACGAUUCGGACCAAGCGACCAAGGAGUCAGACGCGGUGGAACCGAUCUCCAGUAAACCACCUACUAGAACCUCCAGGAUUUUGAACAGGAAGAAAUCCUCGCGGUCGCAGUGA